AUGCCAACUCAUAAUCGAUAUCCACCAGGAGUAAACCCAUACGCUCCAUCGAUUUCUUCCAAAACACCAAGGACACACCGACCCAACCUACCGUCCAGACCGAAUAUACAUGCUCCGAAAGUAUUGCUGGACGAUGCGGAUAUAGAGGAUUUUCAUCCUCCCAAAUGGAGGACUGUAUUGAAUUCUCGUGUGGAUCUCGGUUAUCCCGAUUUCUACCCUUCUAGACCUGGAUUUGAUCAACCUGAAGAUGUGUUGACAGAAGAAAAUGUCAAGAAUGGUUUUGCAGGGAGGAAUUUUAUUGCUGUUGGGGCCGAGGUGUUCUCCAUGCAUGGCCCGAUACAUAAUCACCUAACGUCAGGAGGAUUAAAUCUACUUCAAAAUCUAGGGAAAGAGCUCAUCGAGAAAAGGCAAGAGAUGAUGCCUAAAAUUGGUGAAAGGUCCUUCCGUAUACCUGUCCGAGUCACUUACAACGAUACCAAACGACUCCAAUUCCUCAACGACUUGGCUAAUCCGAAUGUCCCUUUAUACAAGUUAAUGAGGACACCUGUCCCGCAUGGAUUCAAGGGAAUCGAAUUACUUGAUUCAAUGUUCUCACCUAAUAUUGGACCUAUGGGACCAGGACAUAAUAGAACACCCAGUGGAAGUAACAACAAUGCCAAAAUCCUCUCCGAUCCCAUACCUUUAGAUAGGGCAUUGUGGUUCAUACGAGUUUUAGGAUCCAAUGAAAUUUCAGCUCAUAGAAGUAGAACUCAGCCCCAACCUCAACAUCACCAAAACACAAAUGCAACCCCGAACACACCUGUAGGCGUCAGUCCUGCAGCACCCACCCCUUCUUCGACUACCACCAUCAAUUCCACACCUACUCUACAGGUAUCAAGCAAUGAUUGGUAUACUCAGGAAUUCACCAAUACCUUUAUAUCCUGGUUGAGAGUCCAACUUGGUCAACUGUCUUUACCAAAUAACAACCCUAAAACAAACGUGGCGAAACCUGGUGUACCACCUCCGAAAUCAUCUGGGGGAGUAUUAGGCGAUGAGAAACUGAGGAGUAGAUGGUUGUCCAAGUGGGAUUACAGCACCCAACUCAUGCGAAAACUGCAUCGGCGCCAACUUCUGUCAUCCCGUCUACUCAGUGGCUGGAUGGCGGAUUUCUUAGGAUACGCAAAUCUAGCUCAAUUAGGUUUUCUUGCCCAGCUGAUAGGAGAGUAUCUGGGGGAUGUGACUAAACAUCUUUGUAAUGCUCGACAGUGCGUUAGAAACGCUUGUGAAAAGCUCAAAGAGAUUCGAGCUUCGCCUGCAUCAGGCUCAUUAAUCAAGGUCAAUUUUAUGCUUACUUCCAUUAUCAAGUCAUUGUGCGAAGCCAAUCAAGAAAUACUAUUGAGCCCUAUGACCUGGAAAUUGCAUUCGGAACUAUUAACUACGAUAUUACCCGAACAACGACCUAGCAUCAGGAUACGGAACGAAGCUUUAUGGUUCAGAAUAAAUGUGGACGAGAGGUCUUCUAGUCCUAGACGUCAGCAGAUGGCAGAAAUGCAGAAACUCGACUCCAUCUGCGAAGACACCAAUAUGCUUGAACUGACGCGGUCUUUCUUUGACGGUACAUCUUCGCCCAUAAAUACUGCGCCUGAUUUAUCACGACUCGAGGACAAGGUAUUCAUACUUCUUAACUGGGCUAUGGGUCUAUUCCAACUCGGUAGCCAUCGACCUUACGCCGUAUAUACCCUGCUGAAACAUUGGCACGAUCAACACGAAGAACACCAAGCGAAGCAAGCCAACCCGCACAUCAUUGAUCUGUUUCCAAUAUUGUACAAAUGGCUAGAUACGUCUGCUGCAGCUCGGAAAGACGAAAAUGUGCAAGCUAUUGGAAUCACUAUUGGAGAGAUAACUCGACAAGGCAUGUUCUCGUACGGCAGAUAUCUUCAGACACUCAUUGCAAAAGGUCGAACAGCUAGAAGUCAAGUAGCAGGACUGUCACCAUCACAUCAUUUAGCCUUGCUCAAGGCUAUGCCAAUAUUCGCAGUUGCCAAAGACCUAGUUCAGCAACGAAGAAUCGCUUUAUGUGGAGAUGAUCAUGAGAGUAAGAUAAGGGAAGAUACAGAAGAAGAUACUUUGAUGGAUCAAUUCAGAGAUGAAGCGAUGGAAUACGUCCCAGAGGUAUUCGGCAAAACUAGAUUUUGGCUUGCUCCUGAAGCUGGGAGAUACCUACGAGGCGACCAUCAAACACCUCCAAUGGACGCGUCCACCUUCUCUCGAAUCAUGCAGGUCUUCCGAACCUGUCGAGGGUACGCGACUAUGGCGGAUUUCAUCAUUCGGGCUCUUCAAGAUUCAGAGGAUAAGGAGGUACUUGAUGUGAUCAUUGAUAUCGUUAGGAGGGAUGCGGACGUAUGGACCGCGAUGGACGGUUGGUCGAGACUUGGUGAUAAGUUGUUGGAUCGAUAUCAUACCUUACAAACUCAGGGCAGACACCAUCUGAGAACAUUGGAACUCUUAGAUUAUCUAGUCAAGAAAGGUAGAUUGACACCGGAUGAGGAGGAUGAAGUGAGACUCAUACAAUCGGAAUUGCCGAAGUCACCCUACCAAGACUUACCGGCGAAGCUUGAAUUCAAAGAAAGUCUUCACGGGAUGCAACACAUGCUUUCGUCUGGGAAAGAGGAGAGUGCCGCAGCUCUCGCCCCUAAACUCUUUGUUAGACAUGGAUCUUUCGGUAAUUGGUCGACUCAAUGGUGGUCGACGAUCAUUGAACAUGUCCAACAUCCUUCGUCACAUGUAUCAUACGACGCAACACUUCGAGUAGUCACAUCACAUAGUUUUAGUGUCUGUAAAGACGUUCGAGAUCAUCUAGAAUCCGUCAUAUCAGCCUGGUUAGAUAGCUUGCCGCCUGCUGCUCUGGUCGAUAUGUUCGGGAAGCGAUCAGGUCUAUUGAUCAGUCAUAUACUGUUAGAAUUGGUCGUGAAGCGAUGUGUCACGACCUCGACACUACUGGAAAGGCUGAUCUAUCCAAUAUGGAAAUAUGCCUCAUCAAUCAUCCUCACCCCUCGUCGACGGUUAUCCAGCAAACAGAUACAAGCGGUGACCAAUUGUAUCAAUGUCGCAUCACAAUUACUAGUAUCCCCUCCGCUUGUAUCCACACUACCUCCUUCCAUACCUACCCAUUCUCUUAUCGUACUCGCCUGUCGCCAAGCAGUCUUUUGCGGCACCUCUGUGCAAAACCUAAUUCGACAUCUCCCUCUACUUGUUGUCCUACAAAAAAGUGCUAUGUUAUCGGAAAAUACAAACUCGCUCAUAUCAUCCUUGCUGCGUUGCCUAGCUAUGACAGCUGAAUUCAAGACUGCUGCCUUUAGAAAUCUCAGCGUGCUUAAAGAUACUUUCUUAUCCACAGAAUGGAGCAAACCAUCUUCUUGUCAUGGAUUGGAAGCUGGUAUGGAAGAUACAUUGAAAUUGGUUAUGUCGGAGAAACCGCCGAAUGCAUCUACACCUGCAAGCAAAUCUCGCGUGACGACCUUUGACAAUACUGCUCGAUUGAGUGCUUGGAGAUGGACCAGAAUCGUACUUGAGAUGCGAUCUGAUUUCAAAGGUUUGUCGACUCGAAUCAACAAUGGUGAAGAUGUGGCAGAAGCUCGACAAACGUUACAUCGUCAGGUAUUAGCUACGUUGGAUAGGGCAGCUACUGCGGACGAUACGGACCUACUAUGCGAAGCAUUCAGAGGGAUGGACAGUGUUGUUACUCAAGAAAUCCUCGUAGCUGGUUUAGAUAGGUUAUCGAAUUUACUCAGUCAAGCGAUUGGAGCAGAAACUCAAAAUCAUUUAGAAGAACAUAUCAAAAGUAUCCAACAGAUAUUAAGAAUCUUGGACAGUACCUUUCAUCAAGGAUCUUCCAAUCCUAUAAAUGAAAAUACAAUAUUAUCGGCAAGACAUAAAUUAUUGGAUUUGCUGACUGUGGCAUUACAAUCGAUCGAAAGACAAUUAUCAGAUAAUGAUUUGGUGAUUCAUCAUGAUAUCUCGACACCACCUCAACCUGGUGAAUUGUUGAAAAUAGCUUUGGACCUUUUGAAAUUUACCUUAGGUUUACUGGUGAUUGAGUCGAAUUCGCCUACGACACCGAAACCGAAUUUUCCCAAUUUAGCGGUAGGGUUCUUCAAAAUCAUGCUGUCAUGUCAUGAUGUAUUGGAUGAGGCGUCUGCUCAGACGAUGUCUGACAUGUUAUCGUAUAUCAUCGAUAGUACACCACCUCAAUCCAGGAUAUCCUGUCAGACCGCCUUACUUGGCGAAACCACUUCUUCCAACGUUCAAAAUAUCCUGUCAUCAAAAUCUAUCUUGGCAAGUGCUUUACCGCACUUAUCGCCCCUAAAACGAAAUAUGGCAUUGUUAGCAUCUUCCACCGAAGAUGAAGGUAAUGGACAUAAUUUAGAUUCAGCAUUGACGAUGGAGGAGAGACGAUGGGAAUUAUUCGAACAGAUUAACCCGAUUCCUAAGAAACCUAAUCAUCAGGAUUUAUAUCUGGUCAAUAAAUCCAGUAUCAAAGAUACGUCAUCAAUAUCGAUGGGGUUGUUUAAUCCUAAAUUUACUAGAGAUUGUUUACCUAACAUUGCGAAUCAUUGGAAAAUCCCCUCCGAUAAUGAUCAAGAAGAAGAUGAGGAGCAUGAUCAGGAUGAAGGAGAAGAAGAAGGGAACUUACCAUGGGAAGAUUACGCUUCGGAACGUACACUUGGAGAUGGAUUCAAUGAGAGCUUAUUCGAAAGACAGAGAUCUACGUUGUUAUUUAACAAUUCAGAGGAAUUGGGAUUGGCUCAACCAAAUGUUGCUUCUGAUGAUGAUGAUUUGGAAGUUGAGAUUCCCUUGGCUGCAUCACUUUCGGCAAGUAAGAAGAGAAGGAUAUCAACCAGAUCACAAACCUCGCCUACUAAAUCAAGCACCAAACCGAAAGGGAAAGGAAUUGGAGCUGGGUCAAACAAGGAUCCAAUUUCGAUCGAAGAUAAUUCCUCUUCUGACGAGGAUGAUUCAGAUGACGAAGAAGACGCGGAAGUAGUCGAAGUAAAACAUCAACCUGCAAAACGACCUAGGACUACGUCUACGUCAACAGCUGGUAGAAGGCCUUCUACGAGUGGGAAAGCACCGGCGAAAGCUACUGCGACUGCGAGGAAAAGUGUAGGAGGGAAGAGUACGAGAGGAACGGGUGGAAAGGCACCGAGAGGUAGAAGGAGAUCGUCCCAGGUUGAUUAA